CAUCCAUCUUGGCUCAUUUUCCAAAACAAAUAAAGCCAUUGUAAAGAAAAUAGCUAUGGCAGGUGAAUUAGCAAAGGAGGAGCCCCCCGUUACAAAUGUGAAAGUCCUGAAUAAAACCAACGUGAAACCCCAAAAACCACUAGGAAAAAAAGAGUGUCAAUUGGUAACGUUUGAUUUACCUUACUUAGCUUUUUAUUAUAACCAAAAAUUGAUGAUCUAUAAAGGGGCUGAGAACUUUGAGGAAACGGUGGAAAAAUUGAAAGAUGGGCUGGCCUUAGUGUUGGAAGAUUUUUACCAACUUGCUGGGAAAUUGGGAAAAGAUGAAGAGGGAGUUUUUAAGGUGGAAUAUGAGGAUGACAUGGAUGGAGUGGAGGUGAUUGUGGCUGUUACUGAAGGGAUUGAAGUUGCAGAUCUUACUGAUGAAGAAGGCACCACCAAAUUCCAGGAUUUAAUUCCCUAUAACAAAAUCGUGAAUUUGGAAGGGCUUCACAGGCCUCUCCUGGCUGUGCAGCUCACUAAGCUCAAGGACGGGCUCACCAUGGGAGUAGCACUUAAUCAUGCUGUGCUGGACGGUACUUCCACGUGGCACUUCAUGACCUCCUGGGCCCAGAUUUGCAGUGGGGCCACCUCAAUUUCGGUCCCACCUUUCCUUGACCGAACCAAGGCUCGUAACACCCGUGUCAAGCUCAACCUCUCUAAGCCAUCCGACGCACCCGAGCAUGCCAACUCAGCAACCAAUGGUGAUGACCCACCUCUCCGCGAAAGACUCUUCAAAUUCUCCGAGUCAGCAAUUGACCAAAUCAAGUCGAAGGUCAACGCUAACCCGCCAGAGGGAUCAGGAUCAUGUGCUACCACAUUCUCCACAUUCCAAUCACUCUCUGCACACGUGUGGCUAGCCAUCACACGUGCGCGAGAGCUCAAACCUGAGGACUACACCGUCUACACGGUCUUCGCUGACUGCAGGAAAAGAGUUGACCCUCCAGUGCCUGAAAGUUACUUCGGAAACCUAAUUCAGGCUAUUUUCACUGUGACCGCGGCUGGACUGUUGCUGGCACACCCCAUUGAGUUUGCUGCUGGGAUGAUACAGCAAGCGAUCGUGAAGCAUGACGCGAAUGCAAUUAAUGAGCGCAACAAGGAGUGGGAGAGUAACCCGAAGAUAUUUCAGUAUAAAGAUGCUGGAGUGAAUUGUGUGGCUGUUGGAAGUUCGCCUAGGUUUAAGGUGUAUGAUGUGGAUUUUGGAUGGGGAAAGCCGGAGAGUGUGAGGAGUGGAUCAAAUAAUAGGUUCGAUGGGAUGGUGUAUUUGUAUCCCCAGAAAAAUGGAGGGAGAGGCAUUGAUGUGGAGAUUAGUUUGGAAGCAAAUGCUAUGGAUAGGUUGGAGAAGGAUAAAGAGUUCCUCAUGGAAGCUUAAUUAAGCUGCUUGGAUUAAUUUGAAGUAGAACUUUAUCUUCGCUUUAAGUGAUUCUUUAUGCAUGUUUCUAGGGGGUUGCAUUUUUCUUUGUAUUGUUUUCUGCUUUUGUAUGUUUCUUUUUCUGGUAUGUUAUGCAGAGACGCACCUGAGUAUAAAGGUUUCUUAGUGCUUAA